GUGGAAGCCCUCAACUGGUUGGCCAGCGGAAUCCACGCACACACAAUUCAACAUACGCCUCUUAACGUAAAUCAACCCAAACCAAGCUCAUUUUGGUAAUUUAAUCCUUCUCCCUCCAUCAACAAGACAGGACUCCCCCAUGUCCCUCCCCCUGUCUUAACUGCUCUCUCGCUCAUCGUCAUUGACUCUCAUUUGACCAAAAUAGCCUCCCACGAAAUGGGAAACUGCAACAGCCUCCCCUCCUCCUCCACCACCACCGACCACCACAACACUCCUCCCAAUGGUGGCAUAAAAGUCCUACCUCCUACUGCCACUCCACCGCCGCGAUCUCAGCACCACCACCACUCCUCGGCCUCCGGAUCCACUGCAGUCGGCAGAGUCCUUGGCCGGCCGAGGGAGGAUGUACGAAACACAUACAUAUUUGGUCGCGAGCUUGGUCGCGGCCAGUUUGGAGUCACGUACUUGGUUACUCACAAGGAGACUAAACAGCACUUCGCUUGCAAGUCAAUUGCGUCUCGGAAGCUCAUCAACCGUGAUGAUAUUGAAGAUGUUCGCCGUGAAGUACAGAUCAUGCAUCACCUUACUGGUCACAGGAAUAUAGUGGAAUUGAAGGGAGCUUAUGAGGAUCAGCAUUCAGUGAAUUUAAUAAUGGAGUUGUGUGAAGGAGGGGAGUUGUUUGAUCGGAUAAUAGCAAAAGGGCAUUAUUCAGAGAGAGCCGCAGCUGAUUUGUGUAGGCAAAUUGUGACUGUUGUGCACAAUUGUCAUACAAUGGGAGUGAUUCAUAGGGAUUUGAAGCCCGAGAAUUUCCUCUUUUUAAGUACUCAUGAGGAUUCGCCUUUGAAGGCUACUGAUUUUGGGCUCUCUGUAUUUUUUAAGCCAGGAGAUGUGUUUAAAGACCUUGUUGGAAGUGCUUAUUAUGUAGCUCCUGAAGUAUUGCGACGAAACUAUGGAGCUGAGGUUGACAUUUGGAGUGCAGGGGUCAUAUUAUAUAUUCUUCUCAGUGGUGUCCCACCAUUCUGGGGAGAUACUGAACAAGUCAUCUUUGAUUCUGUUCUCCGGGGACAUAUUGAUUUCUCUUCUGAUCCAUGGCCUUCCAUAUCUAGUAGCGCCAAAGAUCUUGUGAAGCAGAUGCUAAGAGCUGAUCCAAAGGAACGGCUUUCAGCAGUUGAAGUUCUAAAUCAUCCAUGGAUGCGAGAAGAUGGUGCCUCUGAUAAGCCUCUUGAUAUUGCUGUUUUAACAAGAAUGAAACAAUUUAGGGCAAUGAACAAACUAAAAAAAGUAGCACUGAAGGUAAUUGCUGAAAACCUUUCUGAAGAAGAAAUUAUGGGCUUGAAGGAAAUGUUUAAAUCUAUGGACACGGACAACAAUGGAACAAUCACUUUUGAGGAGUUGAAAGCUGGUCUUCCAAAACUGGGUACUAAGCUUUCUGAGUCUGAAGUGAGGCAGUUAAUGGAAGCGGCUGAUGUGGAUGGAAACGGAACAAUUGAUUACAUUGAGUUUAUAACAGCUACCAUGCACAUGAAUAGAAUGGAAAGAGAGGACCAUUUAUACAAAGCCUUUGAAUAUUUCGACAAGGACAAGAGCGGGUACAUCACAAUGGAAGAGUUGGAGCAAGCCCUUAUGAAAUAUAAUAUGGGUGAUACAAAAACAAUAAAAGAGAUCAUUGCAGAAGUUGACACAGACCAUGAUGGAAGGAUCAACUAUGAAGAGUUUGUUGCCAUGAUGAGAAAAGGCAAUCCUGAGUUGGCCCCAACCAGACGGCGCAAAUGAGCUCUCGCUUCGCCACCUUCUCACAACAAAAACUGCUCUUUGGAACCUAUUGUUGUCUGCCGUAUUUAGCCAUUGCAGAGACACUUUGAGAUGAUUUUUCUUGUUUGUUCUUGAGAUAUUUGAUAUAUUUCUUUACCGGUUAGGGUUAAUUUUUUAUUUUGUCCUUGGGAACCUUCCUGUAUACCCACAUUAUAUUUACGCUUUAAUUGUGUUUUUUUCCAGUCGUCUUAGAACUAACACUGCUUGUCAUUCUCAUUUCAUCUAUCAAUGGAGAAAGGAUUGGAAAA